AUGAGCCAGCCGCCUAGCGGAGGCGCUGCUGCUACCGCCUCUCCUCGCCUGCAUCCAGAGGGGAGCAGCAGCCGAAACAAGCAGCAGCAGCAGCAGCAGCAGCAGCAGCGAGCAUCCUCUCCAGGCAGACCCAAGGAUUCCCCCGUCCGCCAGCCCUCCCCGGCUGCUAGCUCACCCCGCUCCGCGACGGCUGCUGCAGCCGCUGCCUCCAAAGCAAGCUCCGCCCGGCAGCCGCCGCCGCCACCGCAGCAGCAGCCGCCGCCGCCCGGGCAGAAAGCGGGCCGGGCGAAGGGAGGCGGAGUGGGAGGGGACAAGGCGUCCGCACAGCCUGCGCUAGCGAGGAGCGCGGCGCCGCUGGGAGCUGUCCAGGCCGGGGAUGGUGCUGAAGUUCAAGCUGCCACGCCCCUGGUCCCGGCAGGAGGUUGCCCGAAGGCAGCGCCGAGGCCUGCGGCUGACAAGCGGGAGGCGCCUCCCAGAGACCCCGAGCUUGCCUCUCUCGGAGCUGAAGAGCAGCCGCAGACGCCGGCUGGAGAGGAGGGGGAGAGGGAGGGCCCCUUCGCGCUCUCACAGCCGCCACCCAAGAGCUGGAGCCGAGGCAAAGCGGGCAGGCCUCUACCGAAGGGCGGAGGGGACGCAGCCCCGGCUCCUCCGGCCUCUUGCGCGGCAGCAGCAAAGGGCGGCGGCUACUGGAAAGAAGGAUGCCUGCAAAGUGAGCUCAUCCAGUUCCACCUCAGGAAGGGGCUGGCAGCGGCCCAGAUGCAAAGCAAAGGCAGCAGCCCGGGGAACGGCGAAAACGCGGCCGCCAAGCAGCCUCAGCCUGCCUCGUCGACCCCGUCGCCAAUGGCGCUGGCUGGGGCGGAAGAGGGCAAUGGGCGCAGCCGAGCCGCCGAAGGCGCCUUGAGCCUCAACCCUCAGCAGCAGCAGGAGCUGCAGGAAGAGAUGGAGAAACUGCUGGAGGAGAAUGAGACUCUCAAGGUGAGCAGAAAGGGGGAGUGUAGGCCAGCCCAGAGUGGGGAAUUCAACUGGAGAACCCCACUUGUAGAAGACAAAGCAAUAGAUCAAUAGAUGCUAAACCUUCUGGUUUCAAAAUGGGGAGGAGACACAAAAUGGGGAGGAGACAUAUUUUGACACAAAUAUGAGCAGCUGCUACAUUCCAGGAAAAUGUUUAUAUUCUGCUGCAUUCCUGAGAGGGAAGCUCUGGUUCUCCUCCUGUGCUACCCCUGAUCAAACAUUGGAUUGUAUGCAUUUGAUAAAUUCAGCUUUUUGGAAUAGCAGUCAGAAUAUAGCAGUUUCCUAGCCAGACCCUACAAAGCAUCUAUGGCUGACAUGCCAAACCAUGAGCAUCCAUGUUCAUUCUUCCCGUCUCAUGUGUGAAGCAGUCCAAAUUUUGCCAUGUGCAAAUGCAUCUUCUUUACAUGUCUUAAGGGAAAUGUUUAAAGUAAUUAUUCUUUUCAGAUCAGAUGGCUCUUUCCUGCUACCAUUUGUUUCACCUGUUAGGGAAGGGAUUGCGUGCUAGGUCUCCUUAAGAUUACAGUUACACUUUACAGUUAGUAGAUAAAUAUUCAGGAGUUACAUACAUAUCAGGAAUGACUUUGUGGUGAUAAGAUGGGUAAGACCAACAUGCCUCUUGCUUUGCCAUUGUAGAGCUGAUAAGUGCAAAUAAUGGGGAGACUAUGGGUUGUAACCAAUGUUAGUCAUACUCAGAGUAAACCCAUUGAAAUGAAUGGAAUUGGCUAUAUUAGGGCCAUUACAUUUUAGUAAGUCAACUGAGUAUCUAGUGGUAGAUACAGCUCUGUUUACUUAUGCCUACACUGGAUAAGUACCAUUUACUUAUGAUUUAUUAAUCAUAAGUAAUACAUGUUGGCAUAUGAGAGCUAUUAUGGGGGCAGGCAUAAGAUAGCAAUGGAUACAUCUGUCUAAAAUAUGCGUAGAUUACCCGAAGGUGCUGUUUGUUAUUUCUUUUAGUAAUAGCACUAAAGGUUACUUUAAUUUUUAUUUAUUUAUUACUUUAAUUUAUGUGAACUAACCUUAUAUGGUGGAUUUCUGUCUGUCCUGUCUGAAUGGGUGUCAGAAUGAGAUAGACGAGCUAAGGACUGAGAUGGAUGAGAUGAGGGACAGCUUCUUCGAAGAGGAUGCCUGCCAACUGCAGGAAAUGCGCCAUGAAUUGGAGAGGGCCAAUAAAAUUGCAGGAUCCUCCAGUAUCGCCUUCGAAAAGCAGAGCGCAAGAGGCUCCGCUAUGCACAAACUGGGGAGAUUGAUGGAGAACUUCUACGUAGCUUGGAGCAAGACCUAAAGGUACCAUGGGGUCAGAAAUUGGCAAAUGGUGGAGGGAGCUGGUGAGGGGAAGAACACUUAGGCUAAGAAGUUGCUUUGUUGCAUUGACAGUUGUUUCAUUGACCUUUGUAUAAAGCUACCCAAGGCUCCACAGAGGCCAUUUGAAUAGACAAAUGUGUCUUGAAGACAAAAGGGUCCAACCUUGUAGUUGAUACACUACAAUAUAUCUCACAAAUUUGUGAUGCAAACCUUGAUGAUGCAAUCAGAUUUGAUUUAAAGAAACCGCAACAUAAUAUAAUUACGUUAGAGGCCUAGAUCUUUUCCUCCUACAUUAUGACUAGUUAGCCAAAUUUGUAUUCUCUUUCCAUAUUAAAAUUUUCAGUGGUAUGUUUUCUACCUUUUCUCAUCCCUAGAUUGAAAGACAGUCUGUAUUCUAAUUAACUGUAUUUCAUAGACAAUUAUGUUUCCCAUAAGAACGAGUGAGUCAUUCUCUCCUGCUGCUUUCUGGUAAAUAGCAGGUUUCUGGGUUGUUUCCAGCCAAUCAUUUUUCCUUUGACUUGCUGUAACUAGGGGAAACUAAGAUUAAAGCCACAAUCUUAUGUAGGCUUGUUUGGGGGAAAAGGCUAUUGAAAGUGAUCAUUGCUUUUGAAAAGAUAUCAAACUGUAAAUAUAAUAGCAUGCUCAACAAAAUGUUAAAAAGGCUAGUUGAAUGUUAAUAGAUAGAGCUGUGUACCAACAGAUAAAAUUGAAUCUUACAGAUUUUUACUUUUAAUGGUUGUUAUACCAAGUCUACACCAAGAUCUCUAAUAGUUCCUUAUCUGCUUGUUUUUACAAUUUUAAAGCAUCACAUGUACUGUUUUGUAAUAUAUUCAGUUUUUUGUCAUAUCUUCAGUUUAUCUUCAUAUCCGUUAACGUAACCUGAUCUUUCAAGGUAUGAAGAUAAGAUGUGAGUAAAAUCCACAUAAAUGUGUAAAGUGACAAAGCCUGUAAAUUUGCAAAACAGAUGAAUUACAAUUCUAUGAACAAUCACUCAUUGUUAGAAGUAAAAGGCUUCUUAAGUAUUUUUCAUUGAAUUCACUUUUACAGUGGCAUACAAAAGCCACACAUCUUUAAAACAAUUUGUGCCCUACUCAGACAUACCAGUUAAAUUUUUUUCUUGCCCAAUUAAAAUUUGUAACCUUGAUUUCUAAAGCAUUACUGGAUUCAUCAACCAAGGGGUACAGCCCCAGUUUUCAUGUUAGUGUCAAGAUUUUUCUACUGAGAAAAUGUAACUAAGACUCCCAGGUUCAAAUAAAGCUUUUGGUUGGGCUGUGUCUAGUCUUCUAAUGGAGAGAGAUGGUAUUUGAUGUGGGAGUUCCAGUCACUUCUUAGCCAUGUAAUAAUCAGGAGUACAUUGGACUGCAUGAACUAAGCCCCAAUUAGGCUCUUUGGUGGGGAGAGUAAUUUAUUCAACUUCUAAUGGAAUUGAACCUUGUGGUCCCUUCCAACUCUGCAAUUCUAUACUUCUAUGUAACUAAUAGAAUUGGAAGAGAAUCUAGAGGGAAUGUGGUUGAACCCCAGACUCAAUGCAGGAUCUGCAGUGCAGGAUGCAACUACAACAAACCUGACAGACAAUUGCUCAGCCUCUGCUUAAAUACUCAGGAGAUCCCACCACCCGGUGAUACAAUUUGUUCCACUGUCAUACAACUCUUACCAUUAGAAAUAUUUAGUGGAAAUAUACCUCCUAACUGGUCAGAAUGCUACUCUAGCUUCAGAAUUAUCUACACCAACUCAGUUUUUGUUGGCAGACUACUCAUAUAACAUAGUUCUGCUAUAAAUUUCUGCUUAUUUAAAGUUUUAAAUACUGUUGCAUUUAGGUUGCGAAGGAUGUUUCGGUGAGACUUCACCAUGAGCUGGAAAAUGUGGAAGAAAAACGUACCACCACAGAAGAUGAAAAUGACAAGCUAAGACAGAAGCUAAUCGAAGUAGAGAUCGCUAAGCAGGCUCUGCAGAAUGAAUUUGACAAGAUGAAAGAGGUCAGUACUCACCCCUUUCUUUGGGGAAUUGGGGAAUAUGGCAAGUUUUUGCUCCACCCUGAAUUUUGUAACUGUUUAAAUAGCAGUCAGUGUGCUUAAUGGAAAGAGGCAACCUGCAUACAGAGUACAGCUGCAGCCCAGUUUUGCUAUCCUGCUUCUUUUGAAUGUCCAAUCUUUUCUAGUUCUUCAUUUUGUGAGAGAGAUGUCUGUCAUGCAAGUGAACUCAUUUCUGUUGGUUUAGUUGUUGAGUUACUGCAUUUCAUUCAAACUGCAAUAAAAUGUCCACAGUGUUUGAAACAUGAAGAGGUUUCAAGCCGGUUUUGCAUGUAGUUGCUGUUUUACUGAAUAAGAAACCGCAUGUUGCUUUCGCUGUGAGUCAUGAAAUCCAGCCUUUGAAUAGCAGUUUGCCUCUUUAGAUGUGGAUCAUACAGUAACGAAUGACUGUAGUUGACUUGCUUCUGCCAGGAUAAAACUCCUGAAUAUCUUUCUUGCAUUAUUUGCUUCAGCAUUUGCUCUGACAAUUCCCACAUGGGAUUCAUAUUUCACCAGAGAUCUAUUUCUUUGGCUGUUAUCUUUGUUAUGGUGAUUCAGUUAUGUUUUGUGAAAUUUAAGAGACAGGCUCAAACACUAAAUUUCUCACCUGGAAUAGUCAAGACAUAAAUGGGUGUUAUGGGGAGGGGGGAAAUUACUAUCCUUGAUGUAUUUAAAAAUCAUGAAUAGUAUUGAGAAUCCUGAUUUGGGGGGAUUUCAGUCUUCUCUUGAUUGCUCAUUAACUUGCCAUUGAAUCACAGUUGUUGGAUUUUGAUAAUACCAACGAAAUGGCAGAGUGUUUAGCUCUUUUUGCUUACCAGUUCAUCUGCUUCAGUUAAGUUAUUGGCACAAAACUGGUGAAUAGUCAAUGGAUCUGUUUGCACCUCUCUUGAUAGCAGUGUCAACAGGUAGCCUAUGAGUGUUAACAGGUAAACAAUGCUCGGACUACAACACACACAGAAAAUUAAAAUCAAAGUUUUACCUUGAGACUAGCAAUCCCCUGAGGGGGCGGGGGAAGUAACUGAAUUCUCAGUUUUUGUUUUUCUGUGACAGAAUAUGGAAAAAGUCAUUUCCAUAAUAUGUUUGGGUAUGAUGAUGAAGUUGAUGGCAGUAAGACCUACAGUUGACAUGCCUUGCACACAGAUGUUCCAAGUUUCUACCUCUGACAUCUCCAUAUAGAGCUAUGAAAACCCCCCUUUCUGAAAUCUUGGGAGAGCCACUUCUCAGUAAAGACAAUACUGAGCUAGAUGAGCCAGCAGUCUGACUCUGAAUAAAGCAGCUUCUUCAUAUAUUCCUGUCAUGUUUCAGUGAGAAACCAGCCAUGGGCAUCCUGGGUGGAUUAGAAAGUGUGUGCAAUGGAUCUCAGCUUGGGCUUUUGGAGAAUGCUUAAUAUUGUAAUACCGUUUUGGGAACAAGGGAUGUUGUUGCAGAUAAGCUGCCCCCUUGGUGCUGGAGGAAUCACCCUUGUUAACACCCUCAUUCAGAACGACAGACCCCAUGAGGUUCCAUAAUAAGAGGAAGAAUAUGACUUCAUCUCUUGGGGUGUUAUGCAUUUGUUAUACAGCUUUCUUACUUGUAGGUAACUUCAUGGGACUUCCUUCUCAAGCAUAUGGGGGGUUAGAGGGAACAUCUGAGUGGCAUAACACCCAAGUAGUUGGUUUGACAUUAUUCUUUUCUCUUGUGAUCAGGAGUGGAAUAAUUGUAAGGCUGGCCAACAGUGAGUUGUAUCCAAUGCUAGUCCCACUCAAGUAAAGGUAAAGGGACCCCUGGCCAUUAGGUCCAGUCGCAGAUGACUCUGGGGUUGUGGCGCCCAUCUCGCUUUAUUGGCCGAGGGAGCCGGCGUACAGCUUCCGGGUCAUGUGGCCAGCAUGACUAAUCUGCUUCUGGCGUAUCAGAGCAGCGUACAGAAACGCUGUUUACCUUCCUGCCGGAGCGGUACCUAUUUAUCUACUUGCACUUUGACGUGCUUCCAAACUGCUAGGUUGGCAGGAGCAGGGACCGAGCAACGGGAGCUCACCCCAUUGUGGGGAUUUGAACCGCUGACCUUCUGAUCGGCAAGCCCUAGGCUCUGUGGUUUAACUCACAGCGCCACCUGUGUCCCUUAGUCCUACUCAAGUAGGCUCAUUCAAAUUAAUGAACACCACAAACUUAGGCCCAUUAGGUCUACCCUGAGUAAAACUUAGAUGGAUACAACCCAUAAUGAUCAAUUAUUUAAGCGGGAUCCAGAGAUGUAUGUUUUACCCUGUUUAAAAUGUAGUAUCCAAAAUUCUAUUUAAUUGCUAAGAACUGCUCAAAAUCAUGAAUAGUUUUCUGGUUUUUUCUGCUUGUAUAGCUGCUAAUGACAUUGCAGGGUUUGGUUUUUUUAAAAAAAAUCAUUUCCAUGGUAUAUGUGAGGGAUGGGAGUCAGCGUGCAAAAGAAUCCUGGCAUCACAGAUCCCUGCAAGACUUGCCAACAUAUUUCAGGGCCUUAGAAGAGAAGAAAUACUUUUGUACAUAGCUCAGCAAUAUAUUGUAUUCCUUGCACAUGGAAGGGCCUAAUUAUAUGUUUUAUGGAAAUGCACAUAACAGGCUGUUUAUGUGUUUUUAAGAAAAGCAGCAUUGGGAAGGGUUUUGAAGUGAAAAGUGAUGGUGGGGUGCUUAACUAUUUCCCUGCUGGCUGCUGUGGCACUUCAAAUUACCUCUCCUACCAUUCUCUCUUUCCCAUGUUCUAUGCACAUAUUGUAUUCUGUUUUAUUAUAUAUAAGAUUUAUAGCCUACCCCACAUCAUGUAUGAUCUUGGAGCAGGUUGCAACAAAUAAGUAUAAACAGAUAAAAUGAAUACUUUUUAUAGAUUCUGGUUUUAAAAAAUGUAUUAUAGGCCUUCGAUCUGGACAUAUUAAUACCCAAAGGGCUGCAGGAGGUGGGGGAGUUUUCAUUUGUCACUGGAACUGAACAGAUCAGGAGGCGACCAAAGUUGAUGGGGCUAGAAUUCCACAUCUGCUAAUGCAGAGAAGGCCCUGUCUGCAGAGUCAUUGACUAUUUUUCUUUCUCUGUCAAUUGUGGUACCUUCAAAAGGUCCUCACCAACUGAUCUCAAAGCCCAGCUGGAUUGUUUGGAGAAAUAUAGGUACAUAUUCACCUAAACACCUCUAAACAUGAGAGCAAAAGUGGAACACAAAGGGGUUGCAUAUAUCUUCUCCUCUUCCUUCUUCUCCACAACAAACUGUGCUCUACCAAGCUGCUUUCCCCCGUUUUCCUUUCUUUCUGUUUCAGAUAUUUGCAUAUAAUGUAUCAUUAGCCUGAUCAAUCCCCAGCAUCUUCAUUUAAAGAAUCUCAGAUAAUCAGAUGAAACUGAAAAAAGAUUAUCUCAACAAGCAGGAACUUUUGAGCCUGCAGCAUCUUCAUGGCAGAGAUACUCUGGGGCUGUGUUGAGAUGAUGAGUAGCCCUGAUCACCUGUUCAGACAGAUACACAUAGGAAGGACAAUACUGUGUUGCACCUAAGUAUGGGUCAGUGUAAGAAAAAUACACCCCCUUUCAGCCCUCCAAGUAGCAAGGCAAUUUUUAUGAGGCUUCAACAAGUGCACAACAGCGAAUAAAUAAAAAGCUUGCAACAAAGGGACUUGCAAAGAAGAUUAAAGUAAAAAAGGAUAUAAUAUCUCGUUGGUUUCACUUCCAGGGCUUGUUAUCCUCAAGACUUGUUAUCCCCAGUCUGCCUGCUUGUGAAACUUACACCUGGUUUUUCUAGGGGGUUGGCUUGAGUCUAGGCAGGUUGUGAGAGAUCCCAGAUGGUACCUUGUAUUAAGCCAUUUAACAUAGAAUCAAAGUCUCCAGAGGAAAACUGUUGUGUAACCAGUGAAGUGAGUAUAGUGAACAAUGUGAACUGUGCUGUUUUCUCAUGGAUGUGUUUUGAAAGACAAUCUGUUUGACAGUGUUAUCUGUGAGCCUGUGUCAGAGAAACAUCAGUUCAGACUUGAUCUUGCUGUGCAGGCUUGAAUUCCUGAACUGCGAUAGUAACCAGGGCUACAUGCCCAAGAGGGGAGAGAGAGGAAGGCUGCUAUAGAGACUGAGAUGGGAAGAAAAGGUCAUCAUCAUUCUCUGGCAUUUCAGUGCUCUGCCUGCUUUUAGAUUAAAAUGUUGGGACUUAAACAGAGAAGGGAAAUGAAUUUUACUUCUAGGGACUUUGUCAUGUUUAUCCCUCCUUACUUUUCCCCCUUUUUUGAUAAUCCUGUUUUAGUAAUAUAUAUAUUUAUAAUAAAAAGGCUAACACAAGGAAAAUCACCCUUACUCUUUGCUAAAGCAGAGCUCUGUGUAGAGCCAGCACACUUUGAUGUAAAAGCUGGGAGUUUGGAGGCUAGUAGCAAUGCUCGAUUUUAUACCAUAUCCAUGAACUACAAGCCCCUCCUUUGCAGGCUGAGCACUAGCUUUUGUGUCACAACCUAGCAAGAACAUUUGGAAGGUCAAUUUUCUUACUGAUCAUUAUUAUUUAUGCAGCUACAAUUUGUACAGCUGCAGCACCUGUAGCUGGGAAAUUAAUGGCAUCUUUUUCCCAGAAGCAACAUAUUGCAGUUUAAAGCUUAGAAAUGUUGAGAUAUCCCUAAAGCAAAAGUGCAGCCUUAGCAGGACACACAUGGAUCCUAACCAAGAAAUAGGGACCAGCUGCACACCUGUUGCGCUAUAAACUUACCAUCUAUGAAGUCCAUUGACUUCACAAAUCAAACUGAAAUUUUCUCUGAGUUUAUUAAGAGCUGAGGAGGUAAUAAUAAUAAUAAUAAUAAUAAUAAUAAUUUAACAAUAAUUUAUUACUUAUACCCAGCCCAUCUUGUUGGGUCUCCCCAGCCACUCUGGGCGGCUUCCAACAGGAGAUUAAAAAUACAUUAAAACAUCAGUCAUUAAAAACCUUCCCUAAACAGGGCUGCCUUCAGAUGUCUUCUAAACAUCAGAUAGUUGUUUAUUCCUUUGACAUCUGGUGGGAGGGCAUUCCACAGGGCGGGAGCCACUACCGAGAAGGCCCUCUGUCUGGUUCCCUGUAACCUCACUUCUCGCAGUGAGGGAACCGCCAGAAGGCCCUCGACGCUGGACCUCAGUGUCCGGACUGAACAAUGGGGGUGGAGACACUCCUUCAGGUAUACUGGUCCAAGGCCGUUUAGGGCUUUAAAAGUCAGCGCCAACAUUUUGAAUUGUGCUCGGAAACGUACUGGGAGCCAAUGUAGGUCUUUCAAGACCGGUGUUAUGUACCAAAGGUAAACUUUGGUAGACUCUCACUAAUUUGUGAGUGAGUAUGAGGGAAUAUGCCAUGCUUGGAAAUUAUAAAGGUGGAAAUUUGUUCUAUUUUUUUGUUGGUUCUUCCAAAUAUAUGAGAAGCCUACUAUAGUUACACCUGGUAGGAGCAUCAAACCUCUAUCCUUUGGGAAACAUUCACAGCUGAUUCAAAUGGUGCUGAAAAAGAUCCAGGGUCUGUGGUGGAAUUAAUGGCUGACCAAGUGUUUCUACAAGUACAGCUGUGCUUACCCACUGUUAAUAUGCAUAAGCUGCAGAUGUUUCACUGAUCCCCUCAUAUGAAGCAGCUCUCUAGGAAAUGUUGGCUGUAUCUGCAAUUGUGUGAGAUCAGAUAUUACUUCUUCCAUACAGCCUUAGCAAGCAUGGCCAAUGGAUGAUGGGCGCUGUAGUUCAGCAACAUCUGGAGGGCCAGUGGUUCCCUGUACCAACCCUAGAUGGAACUAUUUACUAACAUCUGAACCACCCAUUUAGAUUUGAGGGUCUUUUUCCUCUUGUCUUGAAUUAUAAUGAAAUGCUAAAUCCAUGAUAGUUGUUGUAUAGAGAAGCCUGAGAUAUAAUUUUAGUUGAAACUUGUCUCUAAUGACUUCCCUGCUUUAGGUUUCAGAUGGCUGGCCAUAAAGCUUAGGAGGUAUUCACUGAGCACAUGCUGCCAUUCUGCUUGCCUAGAAUAGAGAGAGACUUAGGUUCAUUUAAAGCCUGAUUGAUAGUGACUGUCCUGGAAGCUCAGUUACCAGAAAAAUACCAUGCUAGAGGUUUGACCACACCUUUAAUUUGAAUAGAUAUCAGCAGUUUGCAUCCUCGAUAAUAUGAUUCAGUGUAAUAAUUAUAACCGUGUCAGUGCACCAGGGCCUCUUUUUGCACUGAAAAUGUUAAGAGAUGAGAAUUCCUACCAGCUGGAAACUUGGACCUCUUGAUAGUUUCAUAGCGCUAAAGAUCAUGUCUUGAGAACAUUUCCAUUUGGAAGGAGCAGGGUGUGUAGGGGAGGAUUUUAAAGAAUACCUCAUGCAGAUUAAUCUUAUGCCUUUUAACAUGGGUUAAGCAUUCUCCCUGCCCUGGUAAUAUCAUAGUGAUUAACUUAGCCUGGAAACAUACAGUCAAGAGAAAGAAAAACACACAUUGCCCAGCAGAUGUCAACCCGAUAAUAAUAACAAAGGAUUAUUGCAGUGAAUAGGAACAAGUGUGGCAGGGGGGUGGGUAAGAGAAAGAAGAAUAGUCUUCUGCUUUUUGCUCUAUCAAAAUGUGCGUUGGGUUAGAUCCAGACUUAGUCAUGCCUAGAGUAUUCACUAAGUUGAGCUCUUAUAUUUCAUUGGGUGUUUCGCCAGGCUGGAUGUGUGUGUGGAUUGCCUGGAGGUGUCAGCACUGCUGACUGAACUGAUCUCUCCUUUCUGCCCUCCCAACAGAUAGGUGGCAUUCCUGCCAGCAGAGCCCAGCGGGAAGUUCCCAAAUGGCAUAUUCUGAAGUUGGGGAAGGGGGCAUGGUUGAGCUGGCCUGGGAUCCACAGGAUCCUGAGCUAGUCUUGCUGCCAUGAUACCAAUUGCCAUCUCAGCCUGUGAUUGGGUCCAGACCUCAGGGGUUGAGCCCAAUCUUCUUGUACCCCCUGACCUUCCACCAUGGCCACUCUGCAAAGCCCCGUGAGUGGGGCGGGGGUUAGGAUUGCAGACAAAGUGUAAACCUGAAGAGAAGGACUUUCCCCUCCUCACAUUCUGCAAGGAACCCCACCCAAUACUAGGAUUGGGCACUGUUGGUCAUUUGUUAGACUUCCAGAUGAGUUCCUGACUGAGCCAUCAUCCAGAGUGCUGGCCCUGUUCCCAGAACUUGCAGUGUGACUGGAUGUUCCCAGCAAGGAUGAAUAUUUCCUUUGCUCCAGAAUUGCCACAAUGUGAUAAUGUAAAAUGGAUGAUACCCCUAAGUUCAUGUAAAUGCAAGUACUAUGGCUAAAUUGAGUUGCAGAUGGCCUUAUUUUGUUGUGUUUUUCAGUAGCUACAUGAUACUAAAAGCAACUUAAACUACAUGCAUUUGAUUUUUAAAAAAGAAGAUAGAGGAAAGUGGUAAAUUGCUAGGUGUUCUACUGAAAGAUUAGUAUAUUGCAUACUAAAAUAACUCCUAAGGUAUUCUUCAUAUUCAAAGGAAGGAUAAAAAAGGUUUUCAUAUUUGGUAACCUAUGCAUUAGACAGGUAAAAGAGGCUAUUAACUUGUCAUAAAAUGUUUUUCACAAAGCUCUGGCCCCCAGUAUUCAUAAAGAUGUAGGGCACGUUGGGAAAGUGUAAACAGCAUUUGUCAACUCAGCGAUGCAGAACUGCAGGGUAUAGCAGCACCCUAACAUUGCCACAUCUACCUCUGGUGUGGUAAAAAAAGAUAUGAAAGCGUGUAGAUCUCUUUUAAACUACAAGAUUUCUAAGUCGAUUUUUAAGGGGAGGGGGUAGUUUUUUUAAAAAAAAUACAUCAUUUGUUUCUGAUACUACUUUGACUAUUUAAUUUAUUAAGAAUAAUAAUUACAGAAUGGGAUUGUUUUGUAUGGCAUUAUCCUGAUAUUAUUCCAAGGCAAAUGUCUCUGGAUUGUGGAGCCACAAAUAUUAUGAAAAAGAUAGCUGGAAGUUUUGUUUGUUUCAAAUGAUGCUUUAAUGGAUUUGCAUUGUGUACACUUUUCAUACAUCUGUUGACUACAUCUGACCUUUAUGUAUUGCCCCUGAUCUUUCUUUUAUAGCAGUCCAUGAAAAGAAGGGGAAGCAAGGACCUGCAGAAAUCAGAGAAGAAGUCACAGCAGACACCCACCGAGGUGAGCUCAAAUGUACCUGCCUAUUCUAUGGUCUAGCUUAUGGCUUUUCUACCCCACCUUUUCUCCCAGGAGCUCAAGCUGGCAUAUAUACUUCUCUCCCUCCCCAUUGUAUCUUCACAAUAACCUAGUGAGGUAGGUUAGGCUGAGAGCCAGUAGCUGGCACAAGGUCACCCAAUGGGCUUCAUGGCUGGUUGAGAAUUUGAACCCCGGUCUCCCAGUCUUUCACUCCAACCAAUACACCAUACUGGGUAUGGAAUGCAAAGAUCCAUGAGUGCAAGUGUUUCCUUCGUCACGCAUAGGAAAUCUGCUGCUGUUUUUGUGGUACUUGUUUGCUAGAACACGGCCCAAAUAUUAAUUAUAAUUAAUUCUCAGUAUCUAUACAGCUAAAGUGCAAAGCCUAGACUACUGUUGAAUGGCUAUAACAGUGAUAAACAUAGAUCACUACUUAUUUCACUAAUUAUAUGGCAAUAAAUGUCACAAACUAUUCCUUGUAGGAUAACAUUGCCCUUCAUUUUAUAAUGCCAGGAAUAAGAAUCCCUUGGUCAGAAUCUCAGCUAUUCCUCAGGGGCACUUAAACAGAUCAAUGUAUUGUAGAUAAACCCCUACACAUAAAAAAAUGUGUGAAUGCAUCGGACACAAAUAUUUUUAUUUUUAAUUGGUUUGGGAGAUUUUAUCUAUGCUUUAUCUAUGAAUAAGGUUCCUGAAUCUCCUUUAGAUGUAGCAUCAGAUUUUGCUCUUAUGGCACAGCACAGAUGUUUUCGUAAUUGAAAUCUGGGUCAAAUGGAGGCUUGCCUCUGUUGAAAUGAAUGUAGGGCGGGAAGACACCCACUAUGUUCUUCGAGGGCCAGAGUUCUACUCUUCGGUAUUUUCUUUUGUUGAAUUGCCAAGUGGUGUUUUGGCUUGCACGCAUGAAGUAACUGUUGAAUAACCUUUUCCUUUUGUAAGGAGGACAGUGAAGAUCUGAAAUGCCAGUUGCAGUUUGUCAAAGAGGAAGCAGCCCUGAUGAGGAAGAAGCUGGCCAAAAUAGACAAGGAAAAGGACAGGUUUGAACAUGACCUGCAGAAGUAUCGGUCGUUUUAUGGUGACCUAGACAGUCCCUUACCCAAAGGGGAAGCAGGAGGCCCACCUACCACAAGAGAAUCAGAACUCAAGCUCCGUCUGAGAUUGGUGGAAGAAGAAGCCAAUAUUCUGGGAAGGAAAAUAGUGGAGCUGGAAGUGGAAAACAGAGGGCUGAAAGCAGAGCUGGAUGACUUAAGAGGGGAUGAUUUUUCAGGGGCAGCCAACCCCCUCAUGGGGGAGCAGAAUGAAUCCCUCUCAGAAUUACGUCAGCAUCUUCAGCUAGUUGAGGACGAAACUGAAUUGCUGAGGAGGAACUUGGCUGAUGUAGAAGAACAAAACAAGCGCAUCACGACAGAGCUGAACAAAUACAAAUACAAGAGUGGGGCUCACGACAGUUCAAGGCACUAUGAUAGUGUCAAGAUGGAUGCGCUGCAAGAAGAGCUCAAAGCUGCUCGCAUGCAGAUCAAUGACCUCAGUGGUAAAGUCAUGCAGCUCCAGUACGAGAACAGAGUCUUGAUGUCCAACAUGCAGCGCUAUGAUCUAGCCUCUCAUCUGGGGAUCCGGGGCAGCCCCAGAGACAGCGAUGCUGAAAGUGACGCAGGGAAAAAAGAAAGUGAUGAUGACUCCCGGCCCCCACACCGCAAGCGUGAGGGGCCCAUUGGUGGGGAAAGUGACUCGGAGGAGGUCCGCAACAUACGUUGCCUGACCCCCACUAGAAGCUUCUACCCAACGCCGGCAGGGUGGCAGAAAAGCUUCACCGAUCGGCAGCAAAUGAAGGACAUCCGCUGUGAGGCAGAACGCCUGGGCAAGACGAUAGACCGCCUGAUUUCAGACACAAGCACCAUAAUAACAGAGGCAAGAGUUUAUGUGGCAAAUGGGGACCUGUUUGGACUUAUGGAUGAUGAAGAUGAUGGCAGUCGGAUACGGGAGCAUGAACUUCUUUACCGGAUAAAUGCCCAAAUGAAGGCGUUCAGAAAAGAGCUCCAGACCUUUAUUGACAGACUAGAAGUUCCAAAGUCUUCGGACGACCGAAGUACAGAUGAACCUUUGUCAGUGAGUCAGGUAGAUUUUUACCUAUUAAGCCAUCCAGGUAAAAAAAAAUUCAGCCCAAGAUGCCAUGGAUAUUUGAGCCACAUUUUCUUGAAAUUCUUAUAUAAUAGUCUUCUUUUUACAUUUCUCUGACUUAAUUGUAAAUUUGCCAGAUUAAUGUCUGCAACCCAAUCACAGUACAGUGGAACCUCAGUUUUCGAGCGUCUCAGAAGCCAAACGUUUUGGUUUUUGAACACUGAAAACCCAGAAGUAAUUGUUUCCACUUUUGAACGUGCCUCAGAAGUCGACCGGCUUCUGAGGCGCGUUUCUCAAUUGAAUCUUCCGACUGCCCAUUGAGCCUCGGUUGUCGAACAUUUCGGAAGUUGAACAGUCUUCCAGAAUGGAUUACGUUCAACAACAGAGAUUCCACUGUAUUGGAUUCUCAAGACUGUGCGGGGCUGACAUCAGCACUGGCAAUCACAUUGGACCCAUUGCCAAGACCCCCCCCAUGGCUCCUCUGGCUUUCUUGCCUGGCCUUUCCCUCAGGCCCCAAAGGGGCAAGAGAAUGGCUGCCACUACUUGCUUGUUUGCUUGCUUGCUGGCUUGCUUGCUUCUGCCCUGGCAAGCAAUCAUGUGGUAUUGGCAAGGGGGAGCCAGCAGCACCAUAUUGCAAAAAGGAGAAGGUGGUCUCACAGUGAGAGUGCUGCUGCUGUUUCCUGUGCCCCCACAAAAAAUUAACAAACCAACCUGGAGCCAGCACUAGUGCUACAAGAGCAAAAUAUUCAGCUUUACAAGACAUGCCAAAUCUAUUGUAGAGGUUGGCAGAAGACUCUCCCCACAUCCAGUAAUCCAGGUGCAGGGAACAUCCAGCUCAUACUGUAGCUACGAUCCCCUUCGGCCUCUCAGUCCAGCCCAUGAGUUACUUUCCUCACUUGCCAUGCCUCUCCUUACCCUGACCGCUCAGUGCAACAAAUAGACUACUUAAAACAAAAAAAUCACAAGUACCAAUGAAAGUCCUUUUUAAGCUUUCUGACUGUGCAAAGGGACUUUUUUAAAGGGGGGUGGGAGUCACAGUUGGGGAGAUAAGGUUAAUCCCUUGCUCCCUAUGUUUUCUCUCAUCACAGAUCAGUUGUGCUUGGGGGGGAAAAGCCCCCAAUGGCUCCAAUAUGAGGGUUUUUAAAAAAAAUCCUAAUUGCUCCAGUUGCAACAUUUUUAGGGAAGAGAUUGCAAGUGAGCAGGAUUAACUUUCUCUUCACCAUGCACUUUUACCUCCUCCCCAUUGCCUGAAAAUCACUGCCUCCCCAUGUGGCAAUUUGGCCUUUAAAAAGCCUCACAUUUGUGAAAUAGCUGGAACUGCCUUGGAGUCUCUUGCAGAAGUCCAUGCACUAGUUUCUGAAACCUACCCCUGCAUCUUAUAAUUCAUUGGAAUGCACGGUUAGUAAUCUAAAUCAUGUAUUGCAAUGUUCCUCUGCUUUGUCAAAGCUGCAGGGUGCAUUUCUGCAUUAAGUGUGAAGGUUUUUAAAAUUAGGGCUGGCCCAGGCUGUCAUCAGCUGUAAUGCGCUUGUAUGUGGUGGGGCAAUGCCUUCUUAAGAUAAAACUUUUGAGGUGAGAGACAAAUGCAUGUGUAUAUUUUCCCCUUCAGAGAUGGUAGAAAAAUCCAUUAGAAUUAUGUGUCAGGGAGUACAGAUGCAUAUGCAUGCUCCUCUGGUCAUAUACUACAUAAUAUACAUGGUAGGAGGUUGCAAAUUUAGACUCAGUGCACCCAAAAAAUCAACAGUUUGCCAAGGUUUCAAUUUGUCCUGACUUUCAUGUUUAAUGGAUGGAUGUGGUUUUAACCUUUCCUCUAUCAGUAAAUCAUGGAUGCAAUGAAUGUAGUGCUGCCCGUUGCAAGUGGGUGGAAAAGAAAAGUGAAAUAAACUUUCACAAACUGGCAAAAGGAAAAGCAAAUAAAAGCAUGGCAGCAUUUUCAUAAGACAAUUUUGAUGUAAUCUCAGAUCUAAGACAAUAUAGUCAACUUCAGAAUACCGUUGAUGAGAAUUGGUUUCCAAGAUAAAAGUGAUCUUUUGAAAACUGAUCUGCUAAAACUAGUCAGCCCAAGCAUAGUGUCUUUGCAGGUCUAGGUUCCAGAUACUGAUUUUUCACUCUCUGGAAAUUUGUUGUUUAUUGUUUCAUUAAUAUAGCAUUAUCUUGUCUUUGUACCUUCCCAGAUGUUCCAGCCUAUCAUUUUACUGAUUCUCAUCCUUGUAUUAUUUUCAUCCCUUUCUUACACAACAAUAUUUAAGCUUGUCUUCCUUUUCACACUGUUCUUUGUGCUGUAGAUCUUUUUUCAUCAUUUUACCAUUCAUUGUAGUAUUAUUUUCAGUUUGUUUUGUUUUGUCCAUCCCUCCCAAGACAAGAAGUGCAAGAGCUAUAAGUUUCUGUAGCCAUCACUACUGUUGUAAAAACACUGAAGACUACUUGUUUGAAAGAAGGCAAACCAGCCCUUAGGUGCCCAAAUGCAGUCACACAGGAAGCAACGACACACAGAGGACACCAUCUCCACAACGGAAUUGAUCGUGGUCAUAAAAAAAAAAAAGCUAGGUAAGCAGGUUAAAAACAGAUCUUCAUUCUUUUUAUUUAUCUAUUUUAUUUUUAGGGGGGAAAUGGGAAUGAGGCUGUAAACAGCUAAUAGCUAUUUCACAGUACAUUUCGUAAACUAUACAAUAGUAGAAAUGUUGCAGGUUUCCCCUCCAUGCAAUGCUUAUAUUGUACUCACUGCAGUUUGUGUUCUUCAGAACAGAGUUGUGAAUUUAAAAUUGAUUUUACAUGGAGUUUGCCUGACUUUGUGGCUAUAUGCAGAGCUUCUACCAGGAUCCUUUGGGAACUGAAUGUCUAGCUCCUAAGUCCAGGAUUAAUCCCCUGGAACACUGAAUGACUUAACAUCUUGUAGUGAAUGUAGAUUUGGUUUAGUUUAGAGUCUGAUAAUAUAAAAUGUCAGCGACAAAUGUCAGAAUAGCAUGGAUAAUGAUGUAGAUCUGGCCUUUAUUGACCAAAACCAUGGUGAGAUAGAAAAAUGAUGAAGGAUUUCACUUCUUGUGUCAGCUCAUCACUUAUCAGAUAUUCUUCUGUAUUCCUGAAGCCUCCUGGCCAUAUCUCAACUCUGCUUCUAGCCAUUAUUUUUCUUUACUGUAGCUUGCUGGGUUAAGGUCAAGGGAAAAACAAGACUAAAUAAGCUGUGCAUGUCGUUACAGUACAUCUAGAGAGCAGAUCAAUGUAGAAAUUAAGCAUGCCUUUCAGAGUAGACACAGAAAUUGGUUUUUACAGUUUCUGUGUCUCCACAGAAAGCAUACUCAAUAUGUGACCCUCCAAGAAGAACACAGCCCACUAGGCGAAGGCUGUAGUUUGCCGGCUUUCUUCCUGCCCACCCCCACAACAGUGAGGCCAGGCUCUAAGCAGACCGGACCAAAAAGAAGCUUAUUGAAUUUGCUUGCACAUCAGUGAGCUAUGUUCAGCUUGGCAGGUCACGGUUGCACAGGUCUACCCCACAGUGAGGUUGCAAGCAUCUAAUUCCAUCUCAUCCCCAAAUAUGCCAUAUUUUUGUUUGAGGGAGGUAAUGAAUUAUAUUAGGAAAUCACCCCAGGUGUUCUGUUUCCAUUAACAUGAACACACACUUAAAAACAUCCACUUUGGGGAAAACAGUGGAAUGUUUGCCAAUCUCAUUGCCCUUUUGGAAUAGCUCAGUUGGUAGAGCAUGAUAUUCUUAAUCUCAGGGUUGUGGGUUCAAGCCCCACAUUGGGCAAAAGAUUCGUGCAUUGCAGGGGGUUGGACUAGAGAACCCUUGUGGUCCAUUCCAGCUCUACAGUUCUGUGAAAUUCUAGAUAUAUGCUUUAGUGAUGAUGAUCUGGUCCAACUCACUCUCCUUUUUUUGUGUGGACCCUAUUUCUUCAUUUUCUUAAGAUACAACUAGUUGCCUUGGCAUCAGACAGAUCACUGAGUAAGAGAGUUCUUAAACAUCCUUAAAAAUCCCUUCCAGUAACACCUUAGAGACCAACUAAGUUUGUCAUUGGUAUGAGCUUCCAUGUGCAUGCACACUUCUUCAGAUACUGAAGAAGUAUCUCUAAGGUGCUACUGGAAGGAAUUUUUUUAUUUUGUUUCGACUAUGGCAGACCAGCACGGCUACCUACCUGUAACUUAAACAUCCUGUCUCUCUCUCUUAUUUUUAUUUUUUCAGUAAGAUUACUUGGCAAUGUCCCUCUGCAGUCUGUAUUUCUGGCAAUUUGCAAUGCACCAGUUUCUUUCCUUCUUUCAAAAGAAUCCCUUCUAGACAAAACGUAUCCCAUAAAUUCUCUGCACCAGAGAGGAUUGUUGUUGUUUUUCUUUUUAUCAUUCCCUUGAGGGGGGGAAAGUCAGUUUAAGAGUCGAUGACACAAACCCAUAAUUUUUUUUAAAAGUUAAUGACAGAAAUGUGCUGACAAUAAAAUGGUAAUUCUGUUUCCCCACCCCUCUUUAAUAAAUAUGCCAUUAAGCACUGAAGGGCGGGUUGUGCAUUCACACCCAAGAAACAUCAGACUUUACUGUAACUGCUGCAGUUUUACAACAGGGCAAGAUCACACUGAAACCCGAUCAUUACAGACCGUCCUGGGUGGUUUUAGGGCGAGACAACCAGAGCAAUUGCACUAGGCCAUGUACUACCCAAUUUCUUGGGCUCUCAUCAGCUUCACUUUGUAUUUGGCAAAGCCCAGAUAAGGAGAAUUGAACCUUGGACCUUUUGCACACAAAGCAUGUGUGUGACGGCUGAUCUACAGCCCUUUCAAACUUACAAGUCUUCCUAGAUGUCCCUGAUAAUGGGCUUAUGCAAGCAGCCACCCCGUGCAGAAUUUCACAGGUCUUAGGCAGAGUAACUUUGACUAGCUUGAAAAUUAAGGAAUGUGGGAUGAGUCACACAGUUCUCCCUCCACCCACCCUAAUUGCGCAAGCCAUCUCUGCCACUCUCAAAUUAAAUGGUGGUUUGAAAGCUCUCUUUCAAGGACAUGGAGAUUUCUUUCUUUCUUUCCUGGUCACAGAUAUAAUAAGACAAGGAUCUGGUGACAUGUGUCACCAACACUUGGAACCAGAGGGGAAGAAAGCAGGUGCCACUGUGAAGCAGAAAUAUACCCAGUCAUUGGAAUAUAGAAAUAUUUGCCAGAAAGAGGGCCUGAAUGUGUCAUAACGAAAAGAAAGAUGAACUGCUGAUGACCCUCAGGAGUUGUUUACAACAUGUGCAGGGCCUUAAGAACAUCACACUCCAGUUCCUUUGCUAGGCUUGGAAUAGACUGAAUUAACUAUGCUUCUGGAAUGACAAGGGGAAACAAAAUGCAGGAGAAAAACUUCUCAGUCUCAUAAUUUUAGAACUCAAUGAAGCUGAAUGUUGGAAGAUUCAGGACAGACAAAGGGAGGUACUCCUUCACACACAACACAGUUAAACUUCAGAAUUGGCUCCCACAAGGUGUAACAAAAACCACCAACUUUAAAGAAGGAUAGACAAAUUCGUAGAAGACAAGGCUGCCAGUGGUUGCCAGUCAUUGCGGCUAUGAUUUACAUCCAUUCUUGGAAGCAGUACAUUGGUACCUUGGUUUACAAACUUAAUCCGUCCCUGAAGUCCCUUGUUAAACCAAAUCCAUUCUUAAACCGAGGUGUGCUUUCUCUAAUAAGGCCUCCCACUGCCCAUCCACCGUUCAGCUUCCAUUUGUAGACCAAGGUAAAGUUCGCAAACCAGAACACUACUUUCGGUUUUGCAGAGUUCGUAAACUGAAUAGUUCAUAAACAGGACUGUUUGUAAACUGAGGUACCACUGUAUGCCUCUGAAUCCCAGUUGCAGGGAGUCACUAAUGAGGAGACAGCUGUUGCACUCAGGUCCUACAUACCUGCUUCCCAUAGGCAUCUGGCUGGUUACUAUGACAACAGGAUGCUGGAACAGAUGGGCCUUUGGCCUAAUCCAGAAGGCCUCUUCUUUGAUACUUAAGGGUUUUACAGUGCGCCAGGGCUAGAAUGUUCUUUUCAUUUUCUCAUAGCCUUCAGCCUCGUAACUCUAUAUGCAUAUUUCUUGAAUGAGACUAGAACAUUUCUUCCUGGUAUCAAUAUAUGUCCAGGGCUACAAUAUGUAGUGGAACAGUCCAGUAACAGAAUUACUUCUUCACCUGCUGUUUGUGAGAAGUAGGCCUUAAUGUGGAAUUGUAUUACUAUGCUAGAACCUGAGAAAUUACCAUGUACCUCUUUCCUGUCAUAAUUGCAUUGUUCUUGUUUUAUCAGACUGAAUGUACCAAAAUAUUUAUGAGGAAGUGUAUUUGGCCCAUUUGCUAAUAUGCCACUUAAUACCUUCUGCAGUCUGUCUAAAUCCUGACAGUGCCUGGAGAAAGCCAUUUUGACAGGUUGGAACUGAGGCAGAUUAUACCAAAGGGAGUGAACUAUUUACUCACAAACCUUUCAGCAUAUUCCAUUGGAGUUCCAGUCAGCAUAAGCAAUGUGAUUGAGAAAUGUGCUCUGCAAUGAACAGCUACCACCAGAAGGGAGGGGAAAGAAAGGGCAAGACAAUUGUCCACAAUUGCACUUCUAUGGCACCACCUUUAGUCAUAGAUUUUGCAUGCACAGCAUAGCAUGAUCUACCUAGGGGAGUGAAUAAAGCCAGCAUCCAAAGUUUGGCUCCAAAUCCUCGCCUGAGAUAACUUCUGCGAAGUCAGUGGGGGUGCUAUUUAGGCAACAAUGCACAAUACAAAGAUGCUGUGUGAGACAAGGUGAGAUAGGCUGGGCAAACAAUAUUUGUGCUUCAAGCCCCAAAACCCAUCCCCCAUGGAAAUAAAGACACAGUGGAGACAGAAUGGGCAAAUUUUGGCCACAACUUUAUGAAAAUACACAAAUGUGACUGGUAUUGGCUUAGGCAUUGGUAUCAAACUAUAUCUGGCUCCUGCCCCACCCUGCAGGAAGUCUGGAAGGGUAAACAACCAGCAGGGGGAUCUCCGUCAGUGUAUAUUGACUGGUGCUCACCCCUGGGGUUCCUGGGGGUCCUGGCAUGGCCCUAGCCCCUCUCCGGGCUUCGGACGAGAUCCAGACCCCCAGAUUCCUUUAACAGAAUACCCUAUUAAUUGGAGGGGCAGAUGAUGGCCGCACCUCCCCUCCCCACAUUCCCCUAAACCAAUGCUUAACCGCCAGACCUUACAAAGUUGUGACGAUUGCUAAGAGGUAGGCAAAAACCAAGUUGCCACAGCCAAUCUGCCACAUUGGAAAAAAUUCCUACCUGGCCCCCAUUCCAAAAACAGGUGACCAACCGAAGUCCAAAGCAAGGCCAAACACGACCUAAUUAAUGGGCGGGUGGGCGGGUGUUCGGCAGCGCGAAGCAAAAGGAGGUCCCUACGUCGCGCCGCCAAAUAGAUACCCCCAACCCCCAACCUUGCCACGCUGCUGAUUGGCUAAAGGCCAUUGGAAUAACUGUGGCACCACCGGCUUGGAGCAGUGCAAGCCCCGCCCACAAGCCGGUUAGGGAAGAGUUUAAGGGCCGAGCACAACAUGGACCCUCUGUUAGGAGGACCCAACUUAUGAAAAGGAACAGCAACAAGCUGAACCAUGUUGGAAAAGUGGCCUCUAUGCUCAGGCUUUGGCCUGUGAUGUCAUAUUGAUGUUCAUGAAGCUCUUGUAGGUCUGUCUGCUCUUCCUUCGCUUUUUCCCUUUGCCUGGUACUCAGUGGUGGCACAAAAGCUGAAGGCCAGCCUUUUAUCUCAUAGGUCACUGAUUAUUUCUCACAAAGGGCCAUCUGUAGGCCUAAAUCCUGAUAACAGUCAAGUCGGUUUUGCUAAGACACUGAACCAAAAGCUUAAGGUGACAUUGUACAAAUGUGCUCUUAUGCUUGGUGCAAGGGGAAGUAGAGUUCAUAGCAGAGCUGAGUCAUAAGCACAUACUUAUCAGGCUUAAUACAUCCUUCAGACACACUCUUCUGUGCCCCUCAAUAUGGAAUGAAACACACAUUUUUAAUCUGAUGGAAGCAAAUGGGUGUUUCUGCACUGCCAAGGACUACAUAGUUGACAAUGUGUCUUGAAACCUAAUUGGUUGGGAGGGGGAGAGAAUAACCAUUUAAAAAUGAGUCAACAAUAUAAGUAUUUUGAGCCAAUCAUUUCCUGUGGGUUCCUGAAUGCUGAAAAACAUCUGCUACAAAUACAUUACAUUUUUUUCCUUCAAAUGGCUUUUGACCACCAGAGUGACUACUCUACCUCAGAGAAGAUAACAAUUUUAAAUACAAAAAUAUAUAAUAUAUCAUGACAUGCAGAUUACAGUUAUGCUACUAAAACAUUGGUUUUCAUACUGUGGUUGAGGGAGCUGCAAUGCUCAGGGAUUCCACGGCAGAUGAGCAGGAAUCCAUGGUAGAUGCUGAUGUGGAAAGGGUUCCAUGGUCUGAAGGCAAGCAAGUUUUUCUUUCAAGUCUUCAUACCCAUCCUGGGCAGUAUAAUUCUUACUUAACAAAGAUGCUACACAACACUUUCUGGAAUGAUACAGACUUGUAUUGUGGUGGAGAGAAGGGGAGUUUGAUCCUCAGAGCAGGCACUGAAAAUGCCCUUCUGCUGUUUGACCAACGCAUUUGUAAUGGAAAACAGAAGGUCUGGAGUAAACAAUUGCGAUGGAAAUCAAGUAGGAGAAAAUAAACAGCUUCACAGAAGCCAGUGAGACUGCUAAUACAAGUACAUACCGCAGACUUAUGAGAUCUUCCUGUAGUCUGUAUAUUCCUAUGAAGUAUGUGUUUUUAAGCACUAUAGGUCAGUGCUUGACUGUGUAUGAUAGGAGUGCAUGUUCAAACCAAAUUCUAUAAAACGGCCAUGAAGUAUGCAGAGGUCACAUUGUUUCAUGCCUUAUGAAUCUAAACCAGCUCCUUAAAUUGUGCUGAUCUGCUUGGCAACAGGCAGCCAGUGGAGACUUGGAAUAUUGUUCUUCUCUGCUCCAAGUGACCCCUCCACCCACCAUGAGGUGGGGUCACUGAAUUCCACACCAGCUGCAGCUGCUGAAUAGUCUUCAAAGGCAACCACACAGAGUUCACAGCACACAGGCAUUAAGGAAGAUUGUUAGGUUUGAUUCUCGUUCUCAUUUAAAGUUUUGUCUUUUUUGGCAGGGCACUGUGAGUUUGAUAAUAUUUUUCAAACUGCUCUUCUCUAUUGAAAGAAGGCUUUUUUAAAACAAUAAAAGAUUGAGCCACAGCUAUUAUUUUGAAGUAGGAGAAAAUAUGUAGAUUUUUAAAAAAAUGUGGUGGAACGUUGCUAUCCUAUCUGUGCAUCUGAAAAUUCUCCAGGGAAAGAAUGCUUCUAAGAAAGAAAGAAAAAAAGAUGACUGCCUUUCAAUAAAAGAAAUCUAAAACUGGCUAUUGUCACAGCUCUAAUAUUUACACAGGCUGCUCUGGCAAGUUUUAAAAACUGGGCUCCACUAUAAAACCUAAAAAUGUCCUGGACACAAAGUUGUUUACAUAUAAUAUGAGAAGAUAUAAAGUUACAGGGCUGGGGAUUGGAAGAGAUUCUAAAACCAUCCUCCGUGUGCUGACGUCACAUGGAAACCAGCUGUUGGGAUGAUGCUAAACGGAACCGUUCUUCAGUUUGCAAAAAGUUGCAAAGUUGAUCUAAUAGAGUUCCAAGAGCUCUCCUGGUUGAGAAGCUGAUUAUUUUUCCUUUCUUUGAACAAUUUCAGUAUUUUCAGAACUGGAAGACUUUCACUGCUUUCACUACUACUUCACAUUUGGACUGAAAUACUUCUGAAAGGUUUUUUUCCCUCUAUAAAAGGUAAGGUUUUUCUCCUACUUUAAACCUCAUUGUUGUUUUAUACUCAUUUUUAGACUAUGAGAAUUUAAAAAAACAUAAAAUGAGAAGGGGCUCUAGCAUUGUGUCCAACAGCUUAUUUUGACAUCUGUCUAGUUUUUCCUCUUGAUGUGAAUGUAGGUCAGUAAUCAUCUUACUAAGAAAUGGAUUAUUUAAGGAAAGGCUGGGUGCACUUUUUGAUAGAGGGAGUUUUUUUAUUUAUUUAGUCAUUUGGCUCUUGAUUUUCACAGCCUGAGUCUUGGAUGCGUGUGUUCAAGUGCACAGUAGCUGGCUGCAGUUGUGAUCAAAAGUAACUGUUUUGUAGCAUGUACCUAACUAUCUAGCACAGCUGAAUGGCUGCGUUGCUGAUAAAUCAAAAGACAGCUCUCCCAGAGAGCUGACUUGCGCAGCCACUUUUGUUCAUCUCCGUUAAAACAUAACACCUCCUUGGCUGAUGUCACCAUCUGUUAUUUUUAGCUGCUGCCGUCCGUGCCCCAGAAGGGUUUUAUUUCAAACUAUUUGGACUUGUAUGUGUGUUUGUAUGCAGAGAGAGUGGGAUAGAAGGAGAGUAUAAUGCUAUACGGUUUUGCUUUCUUUUUUUAAAAAAGAAAAACUUGUUUGCUUGACAUAGGAAACAACCAGUGGUGCAGAUGUCAUUGAUUGUUGGCAUACAGUUUACUGAUGUAUUGAGCUGCUGACCUUGUCUAGGACAUGUUGAAAAGGAUGGACGCCCUGCUGUUCCCCAAGGGAAACAAAAGCUGUGUCACACACUGCAUGUUAGCUAUUUCUUUUAAAAGGAAAAGGCUUCCUAUUUACAUGGAGAAUGAGCUUUGAUGUAAAUUAUCUGCCAUGAUUCUUCAACCAAGCCUUUUUUUAUUUUUCCCUGACCAUAUGGGUACAAAUAAUACAGGAAAGGGAAAUUUAAUUUUGCUCUCCCAGGGAAGAAAGGAUCAUCUGAGGAGAAUAAGAGAUGGAGAUAAGGGACAGUCCCCUAAGGAAUUUAUCCACCAUAAUACCAGCUUGAGAAUUUGGUACAAAAUUAAACAGUGACCCAGUUUUCCACAUGUAAAUGUCAUGCUUGAGUGUCGGUAUCCAUGGGAGCAAUUAGCAAGAAAAUGUGGCAGACCCAUAAGCAGCAAUGGGAGCAAGUGAAGAGAACAUGAAUGAAAAGGGAGAAGAUAUAUAAAAACGGGGCAGUAUCCAGCAUUGUGUGAGGAGGCCUCCCCUUACUCUCCACCCUCCUGCAGUUCCCCAACGCUCCGAAACAGUUUGGAGGGGGGUGCAUAUGAGACUGCAGGGGGAGGGAGAGGAAGGAGGAGUUUUGUUGUGCAAGUGGAAGUCUGUUCUGCUAGCAGAUGGGCACAGUUGGAUAUCACCCAAGGUAUUGCUUGGUUGGGCCAUCUGGAUGUGUUUCACUAAGUUGCCCUUCAAGGACAAUGACCACUUUGCUCAAUCCUUCUAGUACUAUAACGUGAUUAAUUUGCAAAAUGCUUCACAGCUUUUAUUGCUGUUACCUUCACAGUAACCCUGCAAGUAGGGUAACUUUUGUUCCCGUUUUACAGAGGAGAAGCUGGAGGUCACAAAAGUGACUUGCCACGGAAUGAAUCUCAACUAGAAGAGGGACUUGGAUCCAGGUUUUCUGAGUCCAAGGCAAUUCUCUAACAAGGGGUCCAUCUGACAUGUGCUAAUCUGCUGAGAGUGCUUGGGGUAAAGCGGGACCUGUCAUAGGGCAAAAGUUUGAGUUAUGUGACCUCCAGCUCCUUCCAACCAUCCCAUGUUACAUGUAAUGCAAUGACUCCCGUGGUGCUCUUCCAGAACUUGAUUGCAUUUGGAUGGUCUCCAGUGUGGUUUCAGAAAUGUAGUUUGGUGGGAAACAGAUUGUACACUGGAAGGAUUGCUUUAAGCAACCAAGUAAUAAUUGCAGAAAUGCUUUGUGCUCCCUUGUUCUACAUCUACUGAGCUUCGCUGCAAAAGCAUGCAUUGCAAGAGUGCAAUCAAUACACAUUAAGGUGAAAUGCAUUAUAUUUGUGUUUGUCCUGUAAUGCAUCUAUACCUUAAUGCUUCUCAAGAUCAUUGCUUUUUUCACAUUGCCUUAUUUUAUUGCUUUGCACGGGAACCUGCAGAUUGACUAGUCUUCAUACAGUUGAAGUCAAAGUAAUAAAAGUCUUGUAAUUCAUCUGAAUAAGUCUGCUCAGAGGUAACUGUAGCACCCCUCCAAAUACUGUGCAGCUUCAUUUUGUUAGAAAACCAAACCUAGUGAUUUUACAUUAUUGUAAACUUUUAAAAAUAUUGAAAUGGCUGCACAAGCUCUAUUUCAAAUGACAUUUAGACUGCAAAUGAGCUUUCAGGGCAGUGGAAACUUUAUGUAAGAAUUUGUUUUUGAGCAACAGUCAUUUCAGCCCCUGGCAGUCAGCUAGAACUUUGGCCUAAGAAAUUGUGGAAGCUUUAUCUGCUGACUGUUUCCUAGUUGAAGCCAAGACCUUUGCUUAAACAAUCAGUCCCUCUUGGCCGCUCCUCAUUUUUUUAUUAAGAAUAUUGUGUUGUAUUUGAACAGCUCAGUUACCAGCAGUGACCCUCAUUUGUAAUAAAGCUGCCCUGAAUUUUUUCCUGGCAGGUAUAAACACAAAAGAAUUUACUGGAUCCAGAGUCAGCUUUGGAAAGUGAAGCAAAGAGAGGAGAAAAGAGCGAGCCCUUUGGCGCUUCAGAGUCCUGUGAAAUGUCUGGGUGAGAUCCAGAAAAAGAAGGGCUUAAAUGUUUCAUCACGCAGGUGAGAGACACUCAGUAGCAUACAUAUGGUUUUGAAGAGGAACAAUAAGGAAUUUGUCAUCCCUUCUCACGCUGCAAAUACAUACUUGUCUAGGGCUACUUUCCUUCCCCAAGAAAUAUAUUAUUUAUUUAUUGGUUUCAUUUAUAGAUCACUCAUCAUAUUGACGUAACCCCUGGGUGGUUUCCAACUUAUAAAAAUAUGAAACUAAGAGGCAGGCAACAAAACACCAAUCAAAAAUAUACUUAUUUGUCACUGAGGUAGCAAGGCUGUGUCUAGGUUGUGUUGCUUAGGAAUGUAAGGAGAACACAAGGGUCAUCUAGUCCAACCUCCUGCAAUGCAGAAAUCUCAGGAGGGCAAAGGAGGCCUUUGGAAGUGACAGAUGUUUCCUUCUGGUAGCGCUAAACUGCAGCAGAGGAAGCUGCUUGGGCUCCUGGGGUGGCAUGCCCGGGUGCGGGGCGAGCCACCCAUAGGGGCGGGGCACACCGUGGGGCCUCCAGAGUCUGCCUGCCUCCUCCCACUCAGCUGCCCUACACCUGGGGGGGAGGCAGCGGGUGGACCGUUUGGGCAGCACGGAGCCUGCGUGAGCCCAAGCCACCUCGUCUCUCCCAGGAGAGACGCAUGGCUCAGGCACGCUGCAGGCCCCACAGUGAGUGCCGCCCGGCAUUUUGUCACCCCCUUCAGUGGUGACACCCAGGGCGGACCGCACCCACCGCACCCCCCUUCCUCCACCCCUGGCUCUAGAUAUUGUUUGUGGCUGCCAAGCAAGACUGCUUUCCAUAGUCUUGAGGGGGUGAGAGAAUUUCCCUAAGCAACUUCCUUGACUUCUUGGCAUGUACAGUGAAGGACACAAGGGGUGGGGUGAAAGGGGUGCCCCCUAAGCCCCAAACCACAUUGUGAAAUGAACUCAAUCUCAUCUAUGAUUUGCACACAUAUAGAGUCUGCUCAGAAGGACUACAGAGUGCACAUAGGCCAUGCAGGGUCAGUGCGUGUCAUCCCAACCCUAUAAAUCUGUUGUACAAACAAACCAGGGCUUUGGUGAACCGUCGUUCAAAGAAAUGUAGGGAGGAAUUCAAUAUACGAUAUAUGAUAUCUUUAUUGUCAUUGUCCCAUGCAGAACAAUGAAAUUGAAAAACUACAUAAAACUGCAUAAAAACUACAUAAAACUACCACAAAACUACAUAAAACUGCAUAAAACUACAUAAAACUACUACAAAACUACAUAAAACUUUCAAAAACCCCUAAAAACUCUAAAACCCUAUUUUAAAAUACACUAUACUAUAGAGACUCCUUAUGCUGCGUUUAGAACCAGAAUUGCAUUUGCGUAGAAACUGUUUUUCAGGCGGCUAGUCCUGGUCUUUAUAUCCCUAUACCUAUGCGGCACUGUGGCAAUUGUUCUGUCAGCACAAGCAUUUUAGCUUGGCAGGUGAAACAUUUUCCCUGUACGUUGUUCUGGGGGUCCUCCCCCUCCCAGAGCCAAUUGGGGGGCACAGGAGAAGGAGAUUGGGAGAAGCACUGUUGUGCUAGCACAAAUUAUUGUGUGGGAUUCUGUUAGUGGACUUGUUAAUUGAAUCAAGCUUAUAUAAUCUUUUUUUGUGUGUUUGGGGUUGGGACACCAGAAAUAUACAGUAGCAUUUUUUUUAGCCCCCAUAAGGAAGGCCUAAAACCUUAUUAUGGUCAUCCUUUCUCCAGCCUUGACAAUGUUGGUUUGAAUUCAGAAAAUAAAAUCAUAGUAUGAUUCUAAGCAUGAAGAGCAUCCUUAUUGUGGGAUGGAGAUAGGUAGACUACAGGGAAGCAGUAGACCACUGACCAAUAAUCACCUAGUGACUGUUGGUUGCUGGGAUAUUGGUCUGAUCCUGCAAGCUAUCUCUUAUAUUCUUAAGCAGUAAUGAAUGCUCAAAAACACUUAAGACGGAUGAGCUCUACACAGUUAAUAUACAUGGUUGGCUGUGGGGAUUCUUGUGAAGCAAAAGUAUAGAUUCUGCAAGACUGAAGUCAGUCUACCAUUGUCGUAUAGAUCGCCCCUCCGUGUGUCUGUGUGUGUGUAUAUUUGUUUAUUGGGAAGAGCAGGUGGAGAGACUGACUGCAUCAGUUCCAAAUCAUCUUCAUUAGCAAACCUACUAUCUUUAGAUUCUUGGCUGCCUUGUCAACAGAGUGUGAGAUAGUAGGACAUGGACUGUGUCUUGGUCAUUCCAGGCCUAGCAAGGUUGGAGGGUUUUGAUUUCCACUGCUAGGCACCAGGGAGAACAGAGGUUGCUCAGCAUUACCUUGCAAGACUGAGUAUCACAAUCCUGGACAGCUGCUCACGUUUGAAUGUGUACUUUUUAUUUUAAUGAAAAUAAAAUUUAAUUUAAUUUCUUAAUUUAGACAAAUAGCGGAUCUUUUGGUGAUUAUGCCACACAUCCUUUUUUUGCAUAGGUUUUAAAAUUAUUUGUAUUUUGUAAAAAUAUGUUUAAAAGAUAAAGAAACUACUUUUCCAAAUACAACAUUGCAAAUGCAAAAAUGUAAUACUUAAAUAAGUCAAUCAACUGUGCUUGUGUUCUGAUAGACCAAAUGCUUAAUUUUAUGGCAUUGCUAAUCCAUAGACAUGUAUCUCUGUCUAGAUUAUUUUUCUUCCAACAUAAUGUAUGUUUUCCAUAAAGUUAAUCAGAGUCAUUCAUAAAGUUAAUCAGAGCUUUGGUGCUGAACCAUGUCUUAAUAAUAGUAAGUAGUUUACCCAUCAUAACAUUCCAUAUCUUUCUGCACCAUGCUUCUACGAUAAGCAUUUUUGCACCUGCUAAGAAAUUACUUACCAAGAUCCUGUGCCUGCUUUUAAUUAAAUUGUGCAAAUCAUGUAAAUGCCUGGCGAAUAUAGAUUAUGCAGCUCCUGUUUCAUCUUUGAAACAUCUUCCGAGAACCUUGUACGGUUUUGCAAAACCAUUAGAAAUACUUAAAAAAUCAACACGUUCAGCAUUGCAUUUUUAGUAGUCUUGUGCAUGUAAAAUACCACUGGAGUAAAAUAAAAAUAAAAAGGCAGUUCCUGCAUAUGUUGAGAUUACAGGAGCUGUCAUGCAUUUGCUCUUUCUCCACAGAUUUUGAAUUUUCUCCAUUUCCAUUUUGCCAGAGAUUAAGAGCAGAAUCCAAACUCACACCUACCCUUCCUGCCAGCUGCCAUGCUGGAUGAUCAAGCCCAGUUCUUGCAGCAGUCCAAUUCCAUCAUGUGAUGACAGUGAGAUUGGCUUGGAAUCCAGUGGAUCCCAGGCCAGCUGAGUCCUCCCGUUGGAAGGCCCUGUUUCAGAGCUUUCUCUGGUCUCCACUAGUGAAAAAUCCACCUGUGUAUUGCUUGUUCAGCAGGAGGCCAGCUCAGGCAGGACAACUGAGCAGAUUGCUCUGUUGUUGUAUUGUGUGUAUUUUAAAGCAAGAGGUAUAGAAUUAUACUUUGCAACCAACCUUUAAUGCAGAUUGGUUGAUUUCCCUGUUUCUUUGCUCUUCUCCUUUGCACUUGACCCAAAAGCUGGAGCCAGAGGCAAGUAAGGCUUGCCGUUCCGUAA